UCACAAGUAACACACAACUUCCUCAAUUUUUAUAAUAUUCUUUGUAGACAAAAAAAAGAAAAAAAUAUGGAGAGCAACAGAAUGGUGAUGUUUGUGACAAUGAUGAUAGUGAUGGUAAUGGGAAACCUUCUGAUUGAAACAGAAGCUGAUGCUCCACCUCAACCUUCUCCUUUUAAAACUUUUUCCUGUAUCAAGACUUGUCUUGAACCUCCUUCUUCACAGAUGGAUUCCACAAACGAAAUCAAUCAUAAUGAUUAUUACUGCAAACUAGGUUGUUCUACUCAUCACUGCGCUUCCCUUUCCUCUAUCCAAAAUCCGAAUGUGGACAAAGUUGUGGACUGUGUGGAUUCAUGCUCGGACAAGUGCUCGAACAAGAACUAGAAGUGAUAUUAACUACGUACUCUUUAUUGUGCCACAGUACCGAUCUGAAUGAUAUGAACCAUUUAGUUUAUGUAUCAUUACGAUGAAUUUUUGUGUACCACAAGCAAAUCGAUCGGUUAAUAAAACUAUUUCCCCAUCUUAAUAAAUCCACCAAGAACUGAUAUAUAGCCAUAUUAACUACUUUUCCCUUUUUUCUUGUAAUAAAAUAUUGACAAUUAA